AAUGCACAACGAUGUGUACCUUUUUCUCUGCGACGGGGUCGAUGUGGAUUUCCUCAGUGGCGCCAACCUGGGCAUCUUUUUCGUUGAUGGAGCCAUCGAAGGCCUUGUCAUCGCGUGGAGGCGACAUGAUGCGCAAAUAUCGCGGUCUGGUUGGUAAGAGAUGAGAUGAGAUGCGAUGCGAAAGUUAUGAAGGAAUAAAGCCGGUUUGCUAGGCCACGUUCCUCCACGACGGGUCUCUUAUAACGACCAUGUCGACGUCGAGUCGUGCAUCUAUUGCCGAUCUCUACUGACAGUGCGCCAACUGACUAGGCCGAUGUGGAGAGAUAGCGCAUCCUUGGUGGUGUGGUCACCGUUUGCAGCGGAGGAGCGCGCUAGGCAUUUCUUUAUCCCCCCCGUCUUGGCAAGUCACCCGAUGUCGGCAUUUUCACUCUACUUAUCGGCCAAAUGCCCCAGACUCAUCGGGCAUUGUGAUUGCAUCGCACCAUCCAUGGAAGCAUCGAACGAAGAUAGGAGAGACGAGACCGACGGUGCUCAUGCGAGCAAGAAGCGGAAAAGAGGGCGGCAAGCGAAGAGCUGCGUCGCAUGCCAUCGGCGGAAGCAAAAGUGCGAUGGUGAGCUGCCUUGCUUUAAUUGCAGGAGACGAAAUGUGGCUGCCAGCUGCAUGUAUACUGUCAUAAUAUAGGGGUAAUGAUCUGUAUUUAUAAAUUCUAUCAAGCUAAACUAGCUGC